ACUGGAACGCAGCGCAGAAGCGAGUCUAUCACUAACAGCGAUAGCAUAUGCGUGAACAGGCUGCGGUGCGGCCUGCCGUGUUAGACACUAAAGGACGCAAUAAAGAGCCGGGGGGAGGAGGAAACUUGUGGAGUGCAAAUGUCGCAGCUUCACAGCAAGACCAGGAGUUUCUCCAGGGCUGCCGGAGUAGGAAAGCCUCACUUCAGAACUCGAGUGAAGUUCGUGUCCAAGUGUCAGCGAUUCCUGCGUUGGUCCUGGCUGCAGCUGCUGGAAAAUCACCGUAUUUCCGUUACGGUAUUAUCGCCUCAUUUCUAUUUGACGGAUGGGAAAUUCAUAGUCACCUUGAGCCAAUACCCACGCCGUGACAUAAAGAUGAAGCUUUUUGCCACUUCUUUUUCCCUCAGUCCUCAUUCCGAAGUUGAGAUGCCUUUCUUCAGCGCUUGUAGUCAUUGCCUUUUCAUGCAUACCUUAUCAAAUUAUAAUUCCAGCAGAGAAGGAAAAAGUUUGCUACUCCGUAUCAUGAAUUGGGUACACCGUGUUGGUGAAAUAUUUGUGACUAGUCCUAUCGUCCUUAGCGCGCAGGCUCGUGAAUAUCUGAGGUAUUCAGCUUGGGCUAACAGUGUCUGGCCAAAGCUUGGAAAUGGCUCUUUGACUUGCCCUUUGGUUUCUUGAAUGCGCAUCCCGCAAUAUUCCUCUCUCUCUCUCUUAAUCAUCACCGUACUCGAGGAUCUGUAUCCCCACGGCCUGGACGAGCCACCAUAGUAGAGCCGAA